CUGGCGGAGAUCCGCGAGCGCGCGCUGAGGACCCUGCUGUGCAAGGAGGAGCUGCGCCUGGUCGGCGGCGCCGAGCUGGCCCAGGACCGCCUGCUGCUGGCGCUCCUGCUGCGCUGGUUCAGCUUCCCGGCGGCGCCCCUGCGAGCGGAGGCGCUGGGCCUGCUGAGCCGGCUGGUGAAGUACCCCCCAGCAGUCCAGCACUUGGUUGAUCUCGGUGCUGUCGAAUUCUUAUCUAAACUUCGAGCUAAUGUGGAGCCCGAUCUGCAGGCUGAGAUUGACGGCAUCCUGGACGGACUUUUCACUCUUCCUUCAGAGGCCCCUGCACUGUGCUCUGCAUCUUACCAGACCAAUCAGAUCGCGACUCAGAGGGCAAGGUGUUGGAAGUUUUCUACGUUUCCGUGGCUACCCCUGACCACAACUGACAGACACGUUCUCUCAUCCAAUGAAAGCUCUUUAAGAAGUAGUGACCACACUUUGAUCUGGAGCACCUGUGAACUGCUGAAGGACGUUAUCAUGCAGGACUUUCCUGCUGAGAUUUUCCUUCAGAGGCCGAAAAUUGUUCAGAGCCUCCUCUCUCUGCUGAAGCUGGCCUGCGGAGAGGAGGGGACACCCCGCCUGGCGCUGCAGUCGGCAUCCUGCUUGCAGCAGCUGUGCACGUGUUUGCGAAGCCGACUUCAUUUCCAUCGAGAUCCAGGCUUUUUCUCUAGCAGACAAGACACAGUUUCCCAGAAUUCUUCCUUGUCUUACUGUCAUGAAGUAAGGGUUACUCAUCAUUCUCAGAAUGCGUCUCCAGGAAGCAGCAGCCCCAGGCCUUCUGUGGUUGGACGCACAGGCCAGCGCCCCAGGGGAGAUGGCCAGGAUUGGGAUGCGGUGUCUUCCAGCGGGAGUAGUGGCCACGCGCAUGUGAACUCCAGGAUCUCCGUACACUCGCCUCUGGAUGUGGCGCACAUCGAGCUGUCUGAGCUGGAGGCUGAGGAUGCCCUGCAGCUGCAGUUCCAGCAGCUCAGCCUCCCGCAGUUCUGCGUCUGCCUCCUGGAGUCCGCGGUGCCCCUCCUGAGGACAGGUAGCACACAGGUGAUAAUGAGAGUUCUGGAAUUGCUUGCUGAGGAUUUGAUACUUAUUGGUGAAGCAAUUUCAGCAGAUAUCUGGGAUGACAGCAGCCUCUUUGCUAUAGAUAUGAAGGAGAGGCUGCUGGUGGUGCUGGGGUCCCUGGGAGAGACACUGUGCUUCCAUCAGAGCCACGUGGGGGCAGAGCACGCUGAGGCCACGCGUGGGCUCCGCAGAAUGGCCUUCGUCAGCCUCUCGCUGUUUGCGGCCCGGCUGCUGCAGACGCUGCUCCCGGUGGAAAAGGCAAGCCACUUUCUACCAGAGUCUAUGUCAGCAGCAUUAUUUCUAGUUUGCCUGGACCUGCCUCUUUCUUUGGAAUAUCCGAACAUUCAUGAAGCUGCUGUGGCCUACUUGGAACAGCUGAGCUCUGAAAACUACAGUCUUUAUAAACAAGCUGCAGAGGCCGUCUAUUCCAUUGAGUGCACCUGUAACUUCCUGUCUGACGUUGCGAAGGAGGAAGAGAAGAAUCUUUUAGAACUAGUGGAGCUGGCAGACCACGCCUUGCGUAGCUUUUCCUAUCAUCAGCAUUCCCCCCUCAUCAAGGAAAUCAUCUGCCUCUGUUCAAAGAUCUGGAAAUCAGCACAGGCUAGUCCAUUACUGCAAGGGGAAAGUCAGAAGGUGUUUCUGCGGAUGUUGUCUCACCCAUUACUACAAGUGAAAGUUGAAACUUACCACUGCUGUCUGGAAAUUGUUAAGGAAUGUCUAGGUGUCCAUAAUGUCACUAAGCCGGUGUCCUCACUCUGCAGUGGAAUUCAUUUUCUACUCCACCCAAAAGUCCUGUACGAAAUCUCUGCGUUUGGCAUUCAGGAGCCCAGAAAUGAGGUGAGCGCUGCUGCCAAGGCCAUCCUGCUGUACCUGCUGCAGGGACGGUUGAUGAUGACCGCUCUGACCUGGAGCAGGUUUAUCGAGUCCCUGUGUCCCGUCAUCCCAGUGCUGCAGGGCUACGCGGACCCUGAAGACCCCCUGGGGAACUGCAUUCUCCUCCUGAGCAAGGCGAGCCCUGAGGGCGGCGCGGGCGGCCUCCCCGGCACCAUGCGCCUCAAGUCCCUGCUGCGGCUGCUGCUCGUGAAGAAGCCAUCGGUCCGCUCUCUGGCACUGAAGCUGUUAGCCUGUCACCUCACCAGGGAGGAGGGGGCUGAGAGGAAGCGCCCCACAGUGGACGCCAGGGUUCUUGCCAGAGCGACUAACCUAUUCAUCGUGAAAAAACCCAUUGAACUCAAGCUGGAUGACAGGAGAGAGCUGAUUAUUAAGUUGGAGACUGUUGAAAAGGUGUACGAAAUCUUCGUCUCAGAUGAUGUCGACCUUGUUUUGAGGAAGUCAGCUGCGGAACAGCUCGCUGUGAUCAUGCAAGACAUUAAAAUGCAUGCUGUGGUGAAAAAGCUACGCUUAAUAGACAAGAUAAUUGAGUAUUUAAAUGAAUGUGUGGGUCAGGAUGGUGAGCUGAUAGAAUGUCUGAUCCAGCCGAGCCUCACGCUCCUGAGGAAGGUUCUCUGUGGGGACCCAGGGGCCCGUGUCUCCCUCGCCCAGCAGGCUUCUCUCCUGACCCUGCUGUUCAGAGUUUCCUUGAUAUUUCACGAAGAUUGUACCGUCGUGACCGAAGUCGGAGCGCUGUUUUGUCUCCUGUUAUUUGAUGAAGUGUCGAGAAUGGAUGUGUGGUCUGUUAAUCCUCCCAGUCAACUUGCCUCGCCAUCAGUCUUCAGUUUGCCGGUGUCCGUGUUCAGGAGGUAUCACCUGCCGGUACACGUAGUUGGCCACCAUGCUGUGAGCCCUUACUCCAUGGUGCUGCCAUUAUCUGCUGAUUGUUUGGCCUUGAAGCCAGUCUCAGAUAUGCUGAGAAUAGCUUGGAACCUGUCGUGGUAUCGAGGGACUGAUAAUCUGUUGCAGCAAGUGAAAUCCGAGAUGAAAGUCCAAGAAUUUUUAGACACACUGAAGUUAUCCUCAGAGGACACCCUCACUCUGAAGGUGACACACACAGCCAGUGGCCUGCAGCACUGUCUCCAGGCCAUUGUGCAGGCUGCUGCCCACCGGGAAGUGAGGGCCGCUGUCACCAGCAUGAACUUUUACUUUCUGAAUGACAGAUUGUCCUUCAAGGGGGGCACAGGCCCAUGCAGGGCUGCCUUGAAGUCCUUGGCCUGGCACACCGCGCUGAACAGGUUUUUACAAGUGCUUCCUGCUUGCACUGAAGAUGAGAAACUGCUAAUAGAUAUCAUACAUUUUUUAAAUAAGUUAUUGAAGGAACAAAGAAAAAAUUCAUCAGUGGAACUUCUAAACUGGCUUCUAGAAUUACUUCUUAGACCUAGUCCAAACCCAUUGCUGGACCUGCUGGUUCUGACAGAGUCACAGGCACGAGAGGAGGCAGACGACGUCCGGACCGCCGUCAGGCAACAGCUCCAGAAGGAACUGCUGGCGCUCUUCAAUACUCUGCUGCUCAGCUUCUCGGCCGUCACCGACAGGAAAUGCUUGGGACUUUUCCGCGUGUUCCAGACGCAGCUGGCUCUGCAGCUGCUCCAGUGCCUGCGGGUCACGGACGCCCCUCACUUCUACGGCCUGCCUUCCCUUGAGAGGACCCUGCGAGGGAUGGCUCACCUCACAGCCUUGCCGGGGUGGAGCUCGCAUUCCCCCCUCUCGCAGCCACUCGAAAUUUGUGGGAAGUACUUGGCAGGUCUCCUGGAAGUCAUUACUUCGUUUUACGUGGAGCGUGGAGGAAAUGCCAUGUCCUUCAUGGGGAAGGGUGUCACAAAGAGCACAAUUCUCUGCUUGCUUCACUUGUCUCAUGAGAUGAUGGCCGAGGACCCGAGCUCGGAGUGGGUGUCACUUUGGUUCUUGCCUCUGGGUGCUCACGGUGAGGAGCAGACAGCUACGCAGCAAGGAUUGGCCUGGCUGAUCCCACUGUGGGUGGACCGAGACCCAGAGGUGAGGUUCACUUCCCUGGGAUUGGGAUCCGCACUGACCACCCUGGAAACUGGCUGUGUGGCCCUGGCCAGCAGCUGCCAGAACAUUUCUGGUGGGCUCUGGGGGACUGUGGUGAACACCCUCCUGGACCCGUUGGAAUGCAGCAUGGUGCGCCGGGAGGCUGCAUUUAUUCUUCAGAAUCUCCUUGUGAUCCCAAUGCCAUCAGCAAUUGUAAAGGAUUAUACUUGGCAGGGCCCGUGUGUCCAUGACGAGGACUCGGGGCUGUCGCUCAUAGGGAAGCCCGCCCUGCAGGCUCUCUUGUGUCACUGCCAUUUCUAUGAGCAUUUGCAUCAGAUGGUGAAACAGUGUUACCUGGGGCGGGUUAUGUUUGAUUUGAAUUGUCCUGCUCCUGGUGGAACUUUAGAAGGCAGUGAUUUAAAUGGUUUGGAUGACUCACUAGAGUUUUGGAGGGCUCCAUCCAGAAUGCCCAAUCAAGACCGAGACCCAAGCUCUCUCUCCACCUCGGAAACCAUGGUGGCACCUUCAUCGGGGAGUGCGGGACUUUCACCACCGGUGCCCUCGGCUGCGUCUCUCCCCGAGGCCUCGUGUGACCAAUUUGUGGCUCCAGGUCAGCCUGAAACUGCGUUUCCACGGCUCCCUCAGGACUCUUCCCUUUAUGCUCCUGUGCCCAGACCGUGCGUCCUGGUCACCCCGCCCCUGCUCUCAGCCCUGUGCAGCCUCUCUGACAGCCUCCUGGUGAUCGUUCCACGGGACACGGCAGCUGCCUUCCGACGGGCUCGGCUGCUUGAGCUGCUCUGUGGUAUCGCGGAUGCCACCCUUCUAGAGACAUGUGUUCAGGAGCUCAGGGCCCCGCUGCCUUCGUCGCCCCCUGUGGAGCACACGCAGGCUCAGGUGUCCUUUCUCCUCGAGUACCUGGCCUCUCUGUCCAGGCUUUUGCAGUCUUGUUUACUGGUAGAUCCUGGCCUUGUGAUUCAGGAGCAGCUUCUGACACCUCUCGUCACCAACAUUUUCCGAGUUCUCACCAUAUGCACCAAAGAUCUGUUUGAUGCAGAGUUGAUAUCGGCGUUUUAUCAGACGUGGACGCAUUUAUUUAACCUACUGGCCACACUGUUGAGAAAAGCGGGAGCUGCCUCGCUCCUGCCCAUCGUGAUGGGGCUGGCCAAGCACUGGGCGGCUGUGGUCGACAUGGUCUGCGAAUGUGCGGGCUGCUCGGCCGCCCGCCCGGCCCUCUGCACGGCCGGCCUGCAGUUCCUUUCCGUCCUCUUGACUGAGGAGGCAAAGCGGCAUCUACGGGAUGAAGACAGAGCAGGCUCCCGUCCUGGUCCAGCGCUGGCUGCGCUCCUCGACAAAACUCUGGAAAACCAGAAGGCUCUGGGACGGCUUAGUGAAGUCGUCAUUCAGUGCUACGAAAUGAAGCCCCCCACCGAUGUCCUGAGGAGAGUGGCUGCGAACACACUGCUGUCCCUGCUGGCUGUCAGCAGGAGGGCGCAGACGCUAGCUCUGAAAGCCGAUCUGGUCAACAGCUGCAUUGAGCAGAUGAAGCACAUUGGUGCCCAGCUGAGCCUUGAUUCCCUGAGGCCGAGGAAAGCCGCGCUCAGGAAGAAGGAGGACGGCCCUGUUAAGGAGUUAGGCUUGGCCAUGCAGCUCCUGAGGAACUGCCUCUAUCAACACAAGGAAGGUAAAGAGGCAGCUCUGGAGGCUCACCUUGUCCCAGUCCUGCACUCCCUCUGGCCUUGGCUUUUGAUGGAUGAUUCAUUGAUGCAAAUUGCCCUGCAGCUACUUUGUGUCUAUACUGCAAAUUUUCCAAACGGUUGCAGUUCUCUUUGCUGGUCAAGUUCUGGACAGUUUCCUGUUUCGGCUGUGUCCAGAGGAGCCCCCGGCAGCUCCCUGAUUCUGUGCAUCCUGAAGUUGGCCUCCCAGGUGCCUCUUGAGAACAACGCAGUCCAGCAGACCCUCUUCAUGUUCCUGUCAAACCUGGCCUUGUCUCAUGACUGCAAGGGAGUGAUUCAGAAAACUAACUUCUUGCAGAACUUCCUGUCUCUCACGUUGCCGAAAGGAGGGAGUCAGCGUCUCAGCGGCCUGACUGUUCUCUGGCUGAGGCUGCUCCUGAAUGUGUCCUGUGCAGAGGAUGGGCAGCAGAUGAUCCUGCGGCUCGACGGCGGCCUGGACUUGCUGGCGGAGAUGGGCAAGUUCAAGCACCGGCGCGGCCCUUGCCUGCCUCUCCUCAUUUUCCAUAACAUUUGCUUCAGCCCCACCAACAAGCCCAAGAUCCUUGCCAAUGAGAAAGUCAUUGGCAUGCUAGCCGCCUGUCUGGAAAGCGAGAGCCAAAGUGCCCAGAGGAUCGGAGCAGCCGCGCUGUGGGCUCUGAUUCACAACUACCAGAAGGCAAAAACAACUUUGAAAAAUCCAUCAAUAAAAAGAAGAGUGGAUGAAGCAUAUUCCUUAGCAAAGAAAACUUUUCCAGACCCAGAAGAAAGCCCCCUGAAUGCCUAUUAUUUGAAGUGUCUUGAGAACCUUGUGCAGCAGCUGACCUGCUCCUGAGGACCCGGACACUCCGCCCGCAGCUACGGUGGCUGGACAGGUGGGCAGGCGUGGAGCCAGCUGUGCACAGCUGUGGCCCGAGGACAAGGGAGCCCUCUGUGAGGGGUGAUGCCUUUCUUCCUGACGGACACUGAGUGAUGUCCAGCUCUGUCCCUUCAUCUCCCAGCUGCUCUAGGUUAAGAGCAGCCGACUAGCAGAGGACUGAGAAAAGGCGUAGAACAUGCUGGGGACACAAACAUUUCCAUCUUUCUAUGCAACUUGCUUUGUAAAAAUCCUAUUUAACAGUUAUUUAAUAAAACAAAUGUUUCUAGAAACUGAAAA